AUGAGCGUACGAGCCGCGCAGCCCGACAACGCACGAUCCGUUACGCGGAAUCUGCGCAACCUCCCCGUGGCGGCGCCCAUCCGCGCGCGAUAUCUCUAUUGCAAUUUGAUGUACACCGUGGCGACGCAUCUCAUCGAGGUGAAAACCAAUCAGCCCUUUUCGGAUUUCCUACAACAGCGCUUUUUCAGUCCCCUCGAUAUGCAUUCGACUAGUCUCCAGCCUGGAAGCGCUCGAGCAAAGGGCCAUGGAGACCGCAUCGCGACCGGGUACUGUUGGGAUAAGGAGUCAGCGACCUACCACGGAUUCCAAAGCCCAGAUUGUCCGGAAGCCCAAGGCGCGGGGUCUGUUAUCAGCAGCGCCAGUGACUUGAUCAAAUGGGUCAAGGCUCUGAUGAAUCGUGAAGGGCCGAUCACUGAGCGCAUAUACCAGGGUCUGGUUCGCAUGCGCUCCAUCAUGAAUCCCACGGGGAGGAGAUUGAAACCGCAUACAUCGCCGGCUCUGUAUGCUGCCGGGCUAGAGGUGUAUUACUAUCGAGGCCAUUUGGUGGUCGGACAUAUUGGAGUGGUGCCGGGAUUCUCUGGCCGGUUCUUUUUCCUUCCUGAUUUUGACUUUGGGGCUGUUAUUUUGGGAAACGCAGAGGGGGCUGGCCCAGUUGGUACGGUGCUAGCUCGAGAGCUGAUCGAUACUCUGCUUAAGAUCCCGGAGGUUGAACGGCCGCGACUGGCGACGCCGGGUAACAAUACAGGCGGUGCGAAUGCGAAGAAACAAGUACCAAGUCGAUCACGCAAUGCAGGGAAGAAAAACAAAGCGACAAGCAAAGCAAAGACUGAAAGGCGCGACAAACCACAGCCACAAGGGAUGCCUCUCCGGGCCUACGUUGGCACGUAUCGACAUCCUGGCUAUCACGAACUGACGGUUGAGAUCAAGGACGAGAGGCUCUUCAUCGACGCGACGGAUCGGUCGUUUGGAUUUACACUCUCGUUUGAGCAUCUGGCCGAUGGAAUCGAAUACAUUGCCCAUCUGAGCGAUUUUCUAGAGGGAGGAGAUGAGCCACUUUCAGCUGAGUUUGCCGUUGAGGAAGGCCGAGUAGUCAGGUUGGGACUGCAUUUAGAAAUGGCGUUGAAGGAAUUGAUUUGGUUCGAUAAAGUCUAG